AUGGAGAUAACAUCUCCGCCCGGCUCGCCAGCCAGCGGCAUCCAGCGCCCUCUGAGCGCCAUGAUGCGCCCAAACCGCUCCAGCAGCCGCAUGAGCGUGAGCAGCCGCGCCGGCGGCGGCAGCAGGGCAUCCGAUGAAGACAGCAAGACCGCCGUCAAAGUUGCCAUUCGCGUCCGCCCUCCGCUUAAGCCUGGCGAUCCCAACUAUGAGCUCAUCCCGCAAAGAUUUCGCAACAGCGCGUGCCAAGUCAACACUGACACCACGAUUGCCGUCGACUCGCAACAAGGAAAGAAGCUGUUCGUCUUCGAUCGCGUCUUCGGCGAGUCCGUGGACCAGGCCGGUGUCUGGGAAUAUCUGAGUGAAAGCGUGAAUGCUUUUGUGCAAGGAUACAAUGUCUCGAUUUUGGCAUAUGGCCAGUCCGGUGCGGGAAAGUCAUACACCAUGGGUACCUCGGGCCCGCAACAGCAGGCAAAUGAGGAGGCGAUGGGUGUCGUUCCUCGCGCUGCGAGAUUAUUAUUCGAAGUUUUAACAGGCCACUCCGCGCCCGGCGCCCCCGGCAGCUCCGGGCUUCGGGCGCCGACAAGAUACUCCACCAUGGGGCUCCCUGGCGCGGGUGCAAAGCCUGCGGAAAAAAAUUGGCAGUUGAAAGCCUCAUAUGUCGAGAUCUACAACGAGCAGCUCCGGGAUCUCUUGGUCCCAGCCGAUGUACCGCAAUAUGAACGUGCUCAAGUCACGAUCCGAGAGGAUCCCAAGGGCAGGAUUAUUUUAUCCGGUCUUCAGCAGAUGACCAUCAAUUCUAUCGACGACCUCCUCCAUGCCCUAAACUUUGGUUCCUCCAUUCGUCAAACGGACGCUACCGCGAUCAAUUCGCAGUCUUCCCGUUCGCAUGCCGUUUUCAGCUUGAACCUCGUCCAGAAGAAGAGCAAGUCUGCCACUGGGCAACUUUCGGUGCAAGACAAGCGGAGAUCAAUGCCGCUGGAAGCAAUGUCUGGCUCGGACAGCUGGGUGACGGUGGAUAGCAAGCUGCACUUCGUCGAUCUUGCGGGUAGUGAAAGGUUGAAAAAUACCGGCGCCGAGGGGGCAAGAGCGAGGGAAGGUAUCUCCAUCAACGCGGGUCUGGCAAGUUUAGGAAAGGUCAUCUCGCAGCUUUCGCAGAGAUCAGGGUCCCACGUCUCGUACAGAGACUCGAAGCUCACCCGCCUGCUCCAGGAUUCCCUCGGUGGCAAUGCCAUCACCUACAUGGUCGCCUGUGUCAACCCCGCCGAGUUCCAUUUGAGCGAGACUCUCAAUACCGUCCAGUACGCUCAGCGUGCUCGUGCAAUCCAGAGUAAACCGCAGAUUCAACAGAGCGCCGACGAGGGUGACGCGAAGGCCAUCAUUGAGCGUCUGCGGGCCGAGGUUUCCUUCUUGCGUGACCAGAUCCGGCUGUCGGAGCGCACUGGCCGCAAGGAAAGCACGCCAAAGGAAAGAGCAGAGAGGUCCGGUGAGCGCGAAAUCGAACUCCAAAACCAGCUUCUGGACAUUCAAGAAAACUACAACGCAUUGAGUCAACGCCACGCAAACUUCAUCGCCGAAUUCACCAAGGCCCGCGACGCUGACUCUUCAGACGCUUCCGGUCUUUCUGAUGCACUUGGAGAAACCGCCAUGGAAAGACUCAACCGUUCCAACUCAUUUGCCGAGGCCGUCCAGCAGGUGGUGAUGGAGUACGAGAAGACGAUCCAAAGCCUCGAAGGUUCCCUAUCGACUACGCGAUCCUCGCUUUCCACCAGCGAGAGCAGCCUGCUCGAGAAGGAGACUAAGAUUGCUUACAUGGAGAGCCUUAACCAGCAGCUGCAGACGCGCAUCCAAAAGUACGCGGACCGUGAGGCCAGCAACGAAAGCUACCUCAAAGACCUGGAGUCCAAGGUUGACGGCAUCACUUCUGGGGAGGAGAAGCAGACGGCCAUCAUCCAGGAUCUGCGAAAGGAGAUCAACAGGGCACGUGAGAAUGAGCAGAACUGCGAGGAGUACAUUUCCACUUUGGAAGAGCGCCUUGCCGAAGCUGAGCAGGACCACGAGCUGAUGCAAAGGGAGAUUGAGCGUCUGGAGCAUGUCAUAGAGCGCCAGCGCAGCAUUGGCAAGCUUGACAACCUUCUCUACGAACUCGACAACAUCAACAAAGAGAACAGGCCUGCCGAACACGCUCUGACUAACGGCCAUGCGAAGAGGACCAUCAAUGGGAACAUUGAGGAGGAGACCGAGGCCGAAGUCGAGCACGAGGUGGAACGCUCCGGGAGCCCAUCAGCCGCAUCUUCUGAACCGCAGACUCCCGACAAGAUCAAGGAGACCACGGUCGAGGUCGCGCCCUCGACCGAGGAGAUGCCCCAGAGCCCUGAGCAAACCAACUUCGUCAACGACAAGCUUGAGGCUGUGACGCAGGAACUUUUCGACCUUCGUGUUGAACACGAGACGACUGUUCAUGACUUUGACGACCUUCAAAGAAAAUACCAGGCCGCUUUAAACACCUUGUCCGAGCUUCAGGAGGCUGUGGACGAGGCCCGUACGUCUGACCAACGUACCUCUAUUUCUUCUGCUGGACCAGAUUCUUUUUUAGCGCACGCGGGGGUGAACGGGAUCAACGAGAUCAAAGAGGAUGGACAACCUUCAUCCUCGCGUACCUUAUCAUCGGAAUUGUCCUUGCUUGGGGAGUCUUCCAAUCCGAGAGACUCUAUCUAUACAUCGGCAACUUCUGAUGCUGAGACCGCUCUGAAGGGCUCUGAGGCAGAAGUUGCUGAAGAAGAAAGCGUUGUACCUCAUGACGACGCUCUCGCCCAAGAGAUGGAGAAGCUCAAGAAGUUACACGAGGAGAAGGAAGGGAACAUGGCCGAGCUGGCUCAACGUUACUCGCAGCUGGAGAAGGAUCAUCAAGAGACGCUCAAGUACGUCGACGAGUUGAAGGGCGAGGUACAGAAGGCUGUUCAGCUUGCUCGCCCCGACUCACCUACAGCACACGUCAUCCGCCGGAAGUCCAGCCAGAACAUCGUUGCCGUGGACCGCGCAAACCGUUCGUUUACCGCACUGCGGAACAUUGCUUUGGACCACCUGGAGGAAGAUCCGGAGACGAUCCAGGCUUUCGAAAUGAACCUGAACACCAUCAUGACGGACCUUCAUACCGCCAAGGAACGCGUUGUCGCGCUUGAGACCGACAUGGCCCAGGUUCGCAGGGAGAUGGAAGGCAAGAUGACAAUCAUUUCUGGUCUCACCCGUGAGAGAUCUAGUUUGAAGUCGUCUCCCCUUGACAUCACUGCGGUUGCUCAGAUGCGUGAUCAGCUUAUGGAGUCCGAAGCCCAAGUCAGGCAGAUGCAGGAGUCGCACUCUGCUCGUGAGCAGGAGCUUGUUGAGCAGAUUGAGAGCCUGAGGACCGCUCUGGGGUCACCUCGUUCUCCCUCGAUCAGAAUCAGCAACUCAGGCGAUGCCACUGAGUCCAGUCAGGAUAUGCCGGGAGAUUUCCCUGAGUCUCCUGGACCUGGUCUUAGCCCGAUGGUUUCGAGGGAUGAUCUUUCUCAAGACGAAGCUACUCAACAAAUUGCUGUUCUGCAGCGGGAAGUUGUCCAGUGGCAGACAAAGUACGACUCUACCAUCACUUCGAUGCGUGCGUCCGAGAACGAGCUUCAGGUCACCAUCAAGGAGCUCGAGGAGGCUUUGAGAAUCGCAGAGCAGCGCAUUGGCCAAUCUGAUGCUGCGGUCGCCGAUGUUGAAAGUCUCAAGAAGGAGAUUGACAGCCACAAGGCCGCCGCUGCAGCCAGUGCUGCCCGCUUGGAAGAGCUCGAAGAGUCUCACGCUAAGAUUCUGCACCAAGUCGAGUCAGAAACUGGCGACAAAGAGCUUACGGAGAGGGAAUUGAACACGCACCGUGGCUUGGUCGCUAACCUGGAGAGACAGCUCGAAGAGCACAAGGCUGCCGUUGCGCUUCACCAGCAGGGUCUGGACACUCUCCGCGAGACUCAUGCCGAGGAGAUUGAGCAGAUCAACAGCCGUCUUGAGACGCAGUUGGCUGAGCACCAAGAGGCUGCUGCCGCUCUGCAAGAGCAAAUCUUGAAGCUGCAGACUGAGCACGAUGCUGAGAUGGAGAAGUCGCGCCAAGGGAUGGUCACUCUCGUCCAGAGCAUCUCCGCGGCUCUUAACGAGGACACGGAUGCCACCAAUGUCCAAAGUCAAAUCGAGAAGCUCAUCCAUGAGCGGAAAGAGUUGCUUGAGAAGCACGACGCCGCUGCCACUGAGCUUGCUGCUGCGAGAGAAGAGUUGGAGAAGGCCCGGGCCGCCGUUGCCGACAUGGAGGGCAAGGUUGGCGAGUUGAAGAUGAUCAACGAGGAGACACUCAAAGAGCUUGAGAAGAUCAGCGACAAGGAGAGAAAGAGCUCUCGUCUCGUUGAGGAACUUGAGGAUCAGCUCAACUCUAACUACGACUCGCACCAGGCUGCUAACAACCGUCUGUCUGCUCUUCAGAUCGAGCGUCAAGUCCAGCUUGAGGAGGCCGUCACUGCCAAGGGUGACAUGGAGAAGGAGUUGGAGGACUCGAGGAAGAAGAUUGCCGAACUUGAGGCUCAACUCGGUGGCGCCAAGAGGUUUUCCAACCGUGAGUCCCUGGAUCCGCACUCGGCUCUCCAACGCUCCGACUCCAAGGACUCUGUCAAUCUGCGGAAGUCCGCUUCGCACACCAGCCUGCCGUCGCCGCCCCCGGCCAUUCCCUUGCCUCCUCUCCCUGGAUCGCCGCCGGCGUCUGCUGGACCCAAUGCGAUUCCCUCGUCGCCGCCCGCUUCAAGGCACCAGAGCAAGGACAUUGCUCAGGCGCAGCUUGUCGAGGACCAAGAGGCUCGUAUCCGAACCAUCGAGAAGCACCUGUUCGCGGAGAAGCAGCUUACCGCAACUCUGGAGGAGGCGCUUACCGACUUGGAGGCGUCUAGCACCAAGGUCAAGAACGAGAUGGAGACUUGGAAGAAGAAGUGCACUGGUCUCGAAGAGGAAAUCAACGUCAUGAAGCAGGAGCAGAGCAAGAACCGCUACUCGCUUCAGGCGGUCGAGGAAGAGCGCAACGCGCGCAUGAGGGUUGAAGCCGAGCGUGCCCACCUCGAAGCACGCAUGGCCGCAUUGAACCAGGCCAACAAAAAGAAGAAGAAGAGCGCGCUCAACUGCUUCUAA